AUGGAGACUGUCAAUUUUCCUGGCCUCAGCGACAAAACGGCCUUUGUCAGGCCUCUGACGGUCGGGGAUGUGGAUGCUUGCGUUCGCGUCGAGUCCACCUUCCCAGAGCCAGAGCGAUGCUCUGAGGAAAAGUUCAAAUACCGCCUGGCUGUAUCGUCUGAACUCUGUCUCGGGCUUUUCAUCAAGGAAAACGACCAUGACGAGCUCGUUGGACACGUGAUAGCCACCAGAAUCACCUCAGAUCGAGUCACCGAUGGCUCUAUGGAAAUGCCUCAAAACUGGGACGGCUCGCGGAAAGUCGUCAAAGCUGACGAUGGCCUGGUGAUUGGCAACGACGCGAAUGGAAGUGGCAUCGGCGUCCAUGGUCUGGUCAUCGUCGCAGAGCACCAAAAGAAAGGUCUCGGUCGGUCCCUGCUGAACAAGUACCUCGAGUACCUGAGGAACUUGGACCAAAAGGCCGACUGCGUCGCCAUCAUCGCGCAUGACCACCUUCUACAAUUCUAUGAGAGUGUUGGCUUCAAGAAUCUCGGUCCCAGCCCAUGCAACUUUGGAGGGGGCGGCUGGUACGACAUGGUUCUGAAAUUCUCACUCGACAUGUCGUCACGAUUUCGCUCACGUUUCACCUGCACCAUGGCCACCGAUGGCAUUGACACUAGCAUUCCGGCAGCGAUCGAAGCAGGCAAAAUAAACGGUGCCCUAUUGAGUGCCACCGAUGCUCAAGACCGCUUCGUUUACGAGCAGCUGUUUGGCGAACGCACGCUUCUCUCGGGCGAGAAGCGCCCACACCAAUCGGACGACGUGCUGUACCUCGCGUCCGCGACCAAGCUCUUGACGGCCAUCGCCGCGCUGCAGUGCGUCGAGGAUGGGCUGCUCACCCUCCGGGCCGAUGUGUCUGCCUUGGCGCCCGAGCUUGCAAACAAGCAGGUCCUCACCGGGUGGUCUGACGAUGACGAGCCUGUGAUGGAACCCCAGAGGAACCCCAUCACUUUGGAGAUGCUGCUGACGCACAGUGCGGGGCUCAACUACCAGUUUGCCGAUGCUGAUCUCGCUCGCUGGCACGACAAGUUUGUCUCGAGGCCCGCUGCUUCUGGGGACGACGCAAAACUCCGUGUCGAGGAGAGCUUUUCGUACCCGUUACGAUAUCAGCCUGGCGAAGGGUGGAUGUACGGGCCCGGGCUUGACUGGGCUGGCCGCAUCGUGGAGAGGGCCACGGGCAAGACGCUGUGUGAACGUAUGCACGAGCGCAUGUUUGCGCCCUUGGGCAUCACAGAUGCACAGUUUUACCCUGUCCUAGAUGAGAAGCUGCGCGAGCGCCUUGUCGACUUGAACCCCGACGAUCCGCAUUGUCUAGGACGAGCGGUCCUCGGUGGCAGCGGUGACUUGAACAGGUGGUCCAAGGGAGAUUUUGGGGGGCAUGGGCUGUUCAUGACGGCGCCCGGUUAUCUCAAGCUCCUGCAGUCGAUCCUCGCCAAUGACGGCAAACUCCUCAAACCAGCCACGGUCGACGACAUGUUUGAAAACCACCUCUCGCCAGCUGCCGCCACGUCCUUCGAAGCCGUGUCCUCCACGCCGCUGGGCCCCUUCACCCGAGUCGGCACCGCGCUCGAUGUCGAGGCAGGCCACGGCCUCAGUGGCCUGCUCACGCUGGAGGACGUCGAGGGUUGGUACGGCAAACACACGCUGAGCUGGGGUGGUGGGCUUACGUUUGCAUGGUUCAUCGACCGCAAGAAUGAUUUGUGCGGCGUAGGCGCUAUGCAGGCCAAGCUGCCGGUGGAUGGGCAGGCGAUCGCUGAGCUGAAGCAGACGUUUCGACACGACAUUUACCGCAAACGCGCGGCGUGGGCGGAGAGCCAGGCGCCCUGA